AUGAACCAGUCCUCUGAGGAAAGCGUAAGCAACAGCAGCAGUAUUAGUAAUAUUAAUAAUACUGCUCCUACAAAUGAGGAAAGCACCGGUACAAAGAGGAAUAAUGAACCUCGGAGAACCAAGAGAAGCAAACAAGAACACGAGGCUAAGGAAAAGGCUCGUACUGAGCGUGCCAAUGUUGUUCGAGACAUCCUAAACCGAUCCAACGAAGCAAUCACUGGACCGAUGCCAGACGUGCAUGCUGAACCUCGUGGAACUGGAUUUGACCAAGAUCGCCGAACCAGCGAGGAGGCAAAUAUCCAAACUACCAAUGCACCGGGAGAUCAGCUCGAUGAUGGUAGCACAAACAUGGAUGGACUCGUGACGGCUUAUGCUGUGGAAAGUACUGACGACGACCAAGUCAACUCUUACAAAGAAAAUGAAGAAGACGAGGAAGACACAGGUAAUGAAGAAGACGAGGAAGACACAGGUGGUGGAAUCAACUGGGAUCGAUGCUUACAGAAGAAGGGCGCUCGAACCUAUUGCUGCCUACUUUUUAUCUCUGUUGUUACAAUUGUCGCUCUUGGAGCAUGGCUUUGGACUCGUGACAAUUCAUCAUCAUCGGUCGAGUUUGACUCACCAACAGCAGAAGAUUGUGCAUCCAUCGCCGACGGAGCCUCUAUAAAAGGCCAAGAAGCUAUGACCGUUCAGCGAUAUAAACUUGAGCUCGAUGCGACUCCACUUCUUCCAAUGAAUCUCAGCAUUUCAGCUGACAUUAUUGAGAAGAAGUUGAUGGAGUUGCUCAUCCCUGCACUAACUGGAUGCAAUCGAAUUGUCCGACACAUGCGAAGUCUUCGCCAUCUAGAGGGUUCCUUCACGUACCCUAUUAGCAAUGUGGCAAUUAAUGCUUUUGGAGUCAAAGAAGAAAAAUGUUUGGAUGAUUUCAAUCUACGGUGUCAUCGAGUCAAUGUGGCACUUGAUAUUUUGGUGAAAGAUGAGUCAGUAAAUGCUGUUGAUGUGAUUGCAGAACUCAGUACCUUUUUCGGAGAUGGGGUUCUUGCUGCAAAAUUUGAAUUAACUGGGGUCUAUGAAAAAAUUAGUCUUACACGUUUGGGAUACAUUGAUUCAGCAACACCUACAAACAGAAUAGACCAGUCACCCGUGCCUACUACGUUGCCACUUGCAGUUUCAACCACAACCCCGCAGCCUACUCUUGGACCAACAAUGAACCCAACUCCCGCACCAACAGUGACUUGUUUUCAAUCAAAUAACGAGCUUUCUGAUGCAGUUGGGAACUGGUUUCAGUCUUCUCAGUCAAAGGCAUCAGUCAAAAACACAUAUGGUCCGGUCGGAGACUGGUGUUUUGGUGCAGGCGUGACCAGCAUGUAUCAACUUUUCAAGGAUCGUUCUGCUUUCAACGAAGACAUUUCAAAUUGGGAUGUUUCUUCUGUCACCAAUAUGAGUUACAUGUUCUCGAUGGCAAAAUCCUUCAAUCGAGACUUGUCAAUCUGGGAUGUUUCUUCCGUCACUGAUAUGAAUAACAUGUUCCUGUAUGCAACAUCUUUCAAUCAAGACUUGUCAUCCUGGGAUGUUUCUUCUGUCACGGACAUGAAUCACAUGUUAUGUUAUGCAACAUCCUUCAAUCAAGACUUAUCAUCAUGGGAUGUUUCAAAAGUUACCAACAUGAGACACAUCUUUGGUUCUGCAUAUUCAUUCAAUCAUGAAUUGUCGUCAUGGGAUGUUUCUUCUGUAACAAGUAUGCAUGGAAUGUUCUCAUUUGCAACAUCCUUCAAUCAAGACUUGUCGUCCUGGGAUGUUUCUUCUGUGACUUCCAUGAAUUACAUGUUUGAUGGGGAAAACUCCUUCAAUCAAGACUUGUCGUCUUGGAAUGUUUCUUCUGUGACUUCCAUGAAUUACAUGUUCAGCCGCGCAACAUCCUUCAAUCAAGACUUGUCGUCUUGGGAUGUUUCUUCUGUGGUUAGCAUGUACAGAAUGUUCUGGCGUGCAACCUCCGUCAAUCAAGAUUUGUCAUCAUGGGAUGUUUCUUCUGUGAGAAAUAUGGUUGGAAUGUUUGACACAGCGUUAUCCUUCAAUCAAGACUUGUCACCAUGGGAUGUUUCUUCGGUCACACAGAUGAAUGGAAUGUUUGACAGUGCAAACUCCUUUGAUCAGAAUCUAUGUUUGUGGGGCUUGCGCUUGCCAACUGACGCUUUGGCUUCUCAAGCGUUCCGUGACGCCACCAGCUGCCAAUCACAAGCUGAUCCAAGUCUCUCUUCAAAUCCGCCAGGUCCAUUCUGCCACAUUUGUAGCUAG